CGGGCCCGGCCAAGUCCCCGCCGUCCGCUCCCGGCGCCCGCAGCCCGAGCCGCACCCGCCGCGGACGGAGCUCAUGCGCGGGCCCAGCCGGCGCCCGUCCGCGCCCCCGCCCUGCCCCGGCCCCGGCCCCGGCCCCGGGGGCAGUCGCGCCAGCAAGCGGUGGGGCAGGAGCUCCUGGAUUGGCAGCUGCUGUAGAAGCGAUGACAGAAUACAAGCUUGUGGUGGUGGGCGCUGGAGGCGUGGGCAAGAGUGCCCUGACCAUCCAGCUGAUCCAGAACCACUUUGUGGACGAGUAUGAUCCCACCAUAGAGGACUCCUACCGGAAACAGGUGGUCAUUGAUGGGGAGACAUGUCUACUGGACAUCUUAGACACAGCAGGUCAAGAAGAAUAUAGCGCCAUGCGGGACCAGUACAUGCGCACAGGGGAGGGCUUCCUCUGUGUAUUUGCCAUCAACAACACCAAGUCCUUCGAAGACAUCCAUCAGUACAGGGAGCAGAUCAAGCGGGUGAAAGAUUCAGAUGAUGUGCCAAUGGUGCUGGUGGGCAACAAGUGUGACCUGGCCACUCGCACUGUUGAGUCUCGGCAGGCCCAGGACCUUGCUCGCAGCUAUGGCAUCCCCUACAUUGAAACAUCAGCCAAGACCCGGCAGGGUGUGGAGGAUGCCUUCUAUACGCUAGUCCGUGAGAUUCGGCAGCAUAAACUGCGGAAACUGAACCCGCCUGAUGAGAGUGGUCCUGGCUGCAUGAGCUGCAAGUGUGUGUUGUCCUGACACCAGGUGAGGCAGGGACCAGCAAGACAUCUGGGGCAGUGACCUCAACUAGCCAGAUGAACUUCGUAUCCACUCCGAUGUCCCUGCUCCCCCAAUUUUGCCAAUCCCCCCCGCCUGCAGUCAGUCAUGUCCUUUGUGCCCGUCCCGGCACAGGCUCAGGACGUGGAGGUGCCGGAUGCAGGGAGGAGGUGCUGACGGAAGGAAGGAAAGAGGAGGGAAGGAAGGAAACGGUGCUGGAGCCAGGCCAGUCCAGGGAUGGUGGACAGAUGUGACCAAGACCUUCGCAUGGACAAUUUGAACAGACUGUCAUGAACUGUCCCUGUUGCUACUGGCACCCAAGUCCUCCACCCCUCUCAGUUCCCUCCGGGCGCCUAUGAGGGCACACGUUGCAUCACAGUAAAUUAUUUGAUGGUCUUGACUUGUCUCUGGCUGGAAGUAGGAGGUGUAUUGCCUGUGGCCUCACAGAAGAUGCUGGGAAUCUGGGAUCCGUCAUCUGCCUUGUUUCCUGUUGCUAGAAGAGGCUGGGGAGGCUGGCCUGGGACCUUGGACUAUGCAGUCCUUCCCUUCUGCUUGCCCCAGCUGUCUUGUGUUUGCUGCAAAAAGUUAUAGGCAACACAAGUAUAGUCAGGUGAUAUGAAAAGUGACCUAUUGUCCUUUAACUAAUGGGAGUAGGAGGGCUCUGAGAGUAAGAGAGCAUCCCUUGUCUCCAGCAGGAAACACAUUUCCUGCAUUCUGAGAUCCAUGAAAUAACAGCCCCAAUAGUGACAGAGUAUAAGACUUGCCCUGCCACAACAUCCUGCAGCCCUCUGACCUGUGAUGGAGAUUCUAGGACUCUGGAAAUAGGGUCCCAAUGUUAUCUGUGUAGCCUCAGGCCUCUGUCCCACUGGUGCCCAGGGCCUGGCAUCUCAACUCCCUGAGAGGGUAGAAACUGCCUCACUGGUCCCCCCCCACCUCUCUGAGGUGUACAGAUGUUCUUCUCCAAGUCACCUGUAUGGUCUUGAGAGGCACAUACAGAUCAGAUGGCUGCUCACUGUUUCCAAAGGGUGUGUCAUGCCUGUGCCUCGUUCUGGCUCUAGUCAUGGCUACAGGAGGGUCUAUCUGUUUAUCCUGGUCCUCAUCCUGGCCACUGGGGCCCAUGGUGGGUAUCCUUUAUCCCCUCCAGACUCAAGUGGAAUUGGGUGAAAACCCUCUGUUUAGGGCACUUGAAAUGUAAGGAGUCUCCAGUAGACAUGAUGUAGAGGCUGCUGCUGAGUGGCUGGGCAGCAGGACACCACAGUUGCUCUCUUCCACAGCAGCCAAAUGUUCAGCUUCCCUUGUCCGUGUGUAUCCGAGGCUCCUGAGGUGUCACCUGAAGCUUCAGGGACUCCUUUGGAGCCUUGUUGGUCAUGAACCUAAGGUGGAUUGGAAAUAGUAUCUGCUACACUAGGAGUUGUCUUUGGCCCUGUUGAAGAGUGUUAGCAGGCUGGGUACAUUCCGGGCUGUGGUUGUAAGGGCGGACAGGGGCUUAGUGUUGCUGUUGGAAGCAGUAGGGUGGAAAAUAUGGGGGCAGAGCUUCUGGGGCCUAGACAUGUCUGCCCUGGGAAGGAACUCGGGCUGGAGCUAACCUGGGAAGCAUGACACACUUUAUCCCUUGCUCCCUAGCAGAGACCUGAUGGUACUUCAGUAUUUGCCCAGCCGGAAGCGGCAAGUCCUACAGAGAGGCUGUAGGAAGUUUUCAAGGGUACACAGUUGGACUCUGGGCUGGGCCCUGGGAAAGGUCAUUUGUUGUCCAUGUCCUGUCUGUGCCCAGGUCCGUCUUGUUGAGGCUACUACAUCUCAAAGUCAAAGUGAGAUCCUGCCAGGAAAGUACCAUCAACUCUUAGGUGUGGUGUGGGGCAUGGGCUUAGUACUUGGGACAGUACCUUGUACCCUGCCCAGCUAACCACACCUGGCUGGCCCACCCUUCCUGGCUGGCUCACUCAGGGCUAGAGGGGUCGACAAUGUGAUCCCGUUACGUAUGUCCCUCAGUUAGCCAAGGUCUGUACUACAUACUUGAGGAGUGACUUCUAUGUACCUUGAGGACUUUUUUUUUUUGGCCGUGGUCAUGACUACAACCUCAUCCUCCAGGAUGUAGAUAUCCCAGAGCCUCAGGAGGACUUGAGG